AUGUGGGAGUCAGUUAACAAUGUUGUGUCUGGCAAGCUGUUGGGUUUUAUUAAGCAGGUGGUAGGGUUGUACCCAAAGGGUAUCAGCCCCACGUCCCUGGUGGCCAUUCUGAUAGAGCCCUUGGGAGCAAUGGUAUCAGCUGAAAAAAGAUGUGAGUUAGUGCAGCUGGGCAUGCCGCAGGGUAUGAAACCAGAACUCAGUGCCCAUCCCAAUGCUGGGUUGACUGCAAGGUUCAGUUUCUUCAAAGUGAAAAUUUUCUUUCAAAAUUUAAUCAUACUCAAUUGCAAGAUGAGCCAAUUUUUUGAUAUCAGAAGGUUCACUAGUAGACCUUGCCAUCAAAAUACAUCCCUGGAUUCAGCUGGGUCCUAUCGUGCUUCCUGGGGAGCAAUGGACUUCACCACUGGGAAACAUUACUGGGAGCUGGAUUUGAAGGACUGUGAGCACUGGGCUGUAGGGGUCUGCAGCAAUGUCUGGUUAUCGAGGAGCCACAAAAAGAUUGGAUCUAGCGGUGCAUUUCUUCUUGUGUGCUUCAAGGAGGGUAAUCACUCCAGUCUCUUCACCACGUGUCCAGUAUCUCACCACUACAUAGAGAAGCCAACAGGCCGGGUUGGCGUGUUCCUUGACUGUGAGGGUGGAUGCAUGAGUUUCCUGGAUGUAGCCAAGGGUUCCCUCAUACACAGCUACCAUCCAGAAGCUUUCAGUCUCAGAGUCAGGCCUUUUUUCUCCACUGUCUACACACGAUCAUAGGAUGCUGUAAUCUAGUAUGUUAGUGCUUCCCCAGUAUUUCUAUGGUAAU